AUGGAGCCGCGUCUCUCCGUCUGUGUUCUGCUGGUUCUUUGUGUAACAGGGACUGCAAAUGGAGGAAAGAUCUUAGUGUGGUACACUGAGGCCAGCCACUGGAUUAACAUGAAGACGGUGUUGGAGGCGCUGGUGGACAGAGGACACCAAGUGACCGUCCUGGUCCCGAGCACAUCAUUGUUCAUGAACAGCAGUGAACCCUCUCGCUUUCAGUAUGAACCUUUCAACGUCUCCGUCUCCUUAGAGGUUUUAGAACAGUUUAUUGAAGAGUUCCUUCACUUCUCUAUUUAUGAAAUGGACUACAUGAACAUCUUUCAGAUUCACAGCAGAAUAAGUGAUUUACUCACAACCAACACAAAUUUUGCUCUCAUGUUUUUGGACGGCAUAAUAAAAUCAGAAACCAUGAUGAAGAAACUGAAGGAAGGAAACUAUGAUUUGCUCCUGGCUGAUCCCAUCUUCCCUGGCAGCGAUUUAACUGCAGUUAUUUUGGGGAUCCCUCUGGUCUUUUCUUUGCGUUUUUCCAUUGCUCAUAACUGGGAAAGACUGUGUGGUCAGCUACCUGCUCCACCUUCAUAUGUCCCAGCUUGUGUGAGCAAACUGACCGACAAGAUGGAUUUCUCAGAGAGAGUGUUUAACUUUCUCUUCUAUGCCCUGCAGGACAUUGUGUUAGAUUACUCUGUGUGGAAAUAUGUAGAUAAAUAUUAUUCUGAAGUCAGAGGAACCCCCACCAGAGCCUGUAAGAUGAUGGGAAAUGCAGAUAUCUGGCUGAUGAGAUCUUACUGGGAUUUUGAUUUUGCUCAUCCAUUCCUUCCCAACUUUAAAUAUGUUGGUGGGGUUCACUGCAGACCUGCUAAACCUUUACCAAAGGACAUGGAAGAAUUUGUUCAAAGCUCUGGAGAGGAAGGCAUAGUGAUCCUCUCUUUAGGAUCCAUGGUCAAAAACAUGACCACAGAGAAGACAAACAUGAUCGCUUCAGCUCUUGCUCAGAUUCCACAAAAGGUGUUGUGGCGAUACAGUGGGAAGAAACCAGAAACUUUAGGUUUCAACACAAAACUGUACGAGUGGAUUCCACAGAAUGAUCUGCUGGGUCACGCGAAAACGAGAGCUUUUAUCACUCAUGGUGGUGCAAAUGGGGUUUUUGAGGCCAUCUACCACGGCGUUCCCAUGGUGGGAAUUCCAACGUUUGCUGACCAGCCAGACAACAUGGCACAUAUGAAGGCCAAAGGAGCUGCAGCUGUUGUGAGCUUAAACUUCAUGACCGUUGAGGACCUCAGAGAUGCAAUCAACACCGUCAUCAACAACAAAUCCUACAAAGAAAACAUGACGCGACUGUCCAGAAUCCACCACGACAGACCCAUGAGUCCUCUGGAUGAGACAAUUUUCUGGAUCGAGUACACCAUGAGAAACAAAGGAGCGAAACACUUGAGAGUCCAGGCCCACGAGCUCACCUGGUACCAGUACCACAGCCUGGAUGUCCUGAGCUUCCUCCUCAUUACAGUUUUACUUCUCAUGUUCAUCUUCAUCAAGACCUGCAGUUUCUGUUUCCAGAGAUGCUGCAGCAGAAAAAAGACGAAGAGCAAAGCUGAAUGA